UUUUCCUUUUCAACAUGCUUGGAAAACUCAAAAUGAAGAAAAAAAGGUUUUAGUGUUGACUGAUAAUUUGAGUCAACUACUAACUUUUUAACACCACACACCCGUCAGAAAAAAAUCAAAACAAAUCGUAUGACGUUUUUACUUCGUUCAACCAUAACAACUCUUUUCAAAACUUCUUCAUUUCAAACGUGCAAUCUUCGCGCAAUGUCUACGCAGCAUAACCACUUAAAAGAUGACUGUAUCUUUUGCAAAAUCAUCAAGAAGGAGAUUCCCUCAAUGAAGAUCUUGGAAACUGACAAAUGUUUUGCAUUCAUGGAUAUUGAACCUCUUAGUGAGGGUCAUUCUCUAAUUAUUCCAAAAUAUCACGCUCAGUUUAUGCAUGAAGUACCUGAAGAUUUUUUGAGCGAAAUCUUGCCUCUUGCUAAGAAGAUUGCUUCUGCUGGUGGUUAUCCUCAAUACAACGUCUUACAGAACAAUGGUAAACUUGCAAACCAAGCUGUUCCUCACGUUCACUUCCAUAUCAUUCCCAAGCCUGAUAAGGAAAGCGGUUUAGGUAUUCAGUGGAAACCUAUGAAUACUACCAAAGAAGCUAUUAAAGCUCACUAUGAUGAGCUCAUGAAGAAACUUUGAAAUGACUCAUUAGUCCAACUGCCUUGCGUUAACGGAGAAGCAAUAAAAUAAAAUAAAAUAAAAUAAUAAAGCUAUUCUUACACUAAUUCCGUUUGAAUAUCUUUUGAAAAUGAGUGUAUAAGUGAUAAAUGACACAGUACGUCUCUGACUUUUGAAAAUGAAC